AUGACAGAUGAUAAAAAGGAAAUUAUACUCGAUAUAGCUAUAAGUUCGGAUGGGUCUCUUGCUGCGACUUUUAAUUCAGAAUUUGUUAUUGAAAUUUACGACUUAAAAGAUAACAAAACUACAUGUCUUAACACUAUACCAGUUGGCAAUUUAUCUGGGGAAAUAUAUUCUUUGGCCAUUUCCAAUAGCCAAGGAAAAGAAAAAUAUGCAUACGUAGCCGUAUCAAGUUUUCGCGAACCUACUCCUGCGCCUCCUGUCGGGCCUCCUCUCAGGCCUGCUGUCACAGAUUUAGAAAAAGGUCCCGAUAACCUGGAAGAAACGUUCGUUUUUUCAGUAAUACUACAAAAAGAACAAACAAGAAAAAUUGAAACUAUUGUAGAUCGCGGAGGGGUUGUUAGAUUCAUAAAUAAUGCUUUGUCAAAAAAUGAUAAAUCAGACGGAUCUAUUAGUCUAAUUGUAAUGAACAAGUUUGGAAUUACAAAAGUAUUCAUCAAUCCUUUGGCUGCGAAAGAAUAUGAAUUACCAAGAACCAUUCAAGUUAAAGUUGAAAAUUUAUAUGAAGAAAAUCCUUGUACGAAAUUUUUAUAUAACAGAGUUGAGAAAAAUUUUUUAUGUGUUGAAGAUUAUAGGAAUCAAAGACUUGAAUUGUAUAAUUUACAAUCCUUGGAUUUAGAAUUGUUCUGCUAUAAGCGUGAUGAAUUGUCUGAUUUAACGCAAGCGCGUGGAAAUUCCAUGUUUUCCAUUUCAAAAAAUGGUCUCUUAUUAGCAUAUUGUAAUGGUACAAGGAGUAUUGCGAUUCAUUUAAUGGAAAAUGGACUCGAGAUUACGUCGCAUGAAUUUAUUGACGCAAACAAAGUCCUUUUUAUUUCAUUUACUGAAGAUGAUGAAAAAUUAUUCAUUGUCACUCAAAAUGAAUCAUCCCUAAAAAUAUAUAUUUGGGAUCUUUUUAAUUCUAAAAUGAUUAUUGAUGAUCAAAUGAUCAACAUUUUUAGUUCCCUAGAAUGGUAUAAUAGCCACUUAAUAGCUUGUUCAAAUGGUAUAAUCGCAUAUUCAGAGAAAGAGGGAAAGGAGGAUAGGGAUAAAUGUUCAGUCUUCAAAACGUCGACAAUUCCUACUUUUAAACCACAAGGUCUUCACACAAUUGAUAUUAAUGAUAAGCCAGAAUUUGUCGUUAACAAUAAUAAAGAGCCUUGGAAUCAUGAUAAGGAUCUUGAACAAAGAUUUUAUAAACUUGUAGAAAAUGAAAAAAUUCAAAUUAUAAUUGGAAAAACAACAGUACAAGUUUGGAUGACAAAUGGUGAUAACAAUAAAAGUAAACAAGAUAAAUCAGUUUUAGAAUAUAUUUGGGUGAAUAAAAGCAAUGAAAAAAUUGAAGUUUCAUCUUUAAAUGUUGGAAAGAAAGAAUUUACUUUAGAUUUAACAUGGACUGUGUAUAAUGAAGAAAAUAAGCUUCAUGAAAAAAAAAAGCAUCAUAUUCAUUGGCCAAAUGAAACUCAUGUCCUGAAAGACGCAUGCGUUGCAAUGGAGAAUCUUUAUGAAAGAAGAGACGAACCUGUAGGGAUGGAACGUCUAACCGUAUACAAUGAUUUAGUUGCAGACACGGAAAGUCUUAUUAAAAAAUGCAUCGAAGACAAUACGGAUUUAUGGAGUUUAACUGAAAUACGAUAUGAUAUUAUGGCCAAUAUCAUCCGUUCAAAGAAUACAACGUUGAUCCAUCAGAUUUUAUUCGAUUAUAAAGGAACAAAUGAGAAGAAAACGAGAGUUAGCCGUUAUAUACAUAUUCCAAGGGAAAAAAAAUGGCCUAUGAUGUCUACUAAUAAUAAUUCUUCAGAUGAAAUAAGUGAUUCGAUGCGUCAUCUUAAUAAUUCUUCAGAUGGAAAUCGUAGGGAAAGUGAUUCGGAAAAGGAAAUAAGUGAUUUGGAACCUGUUAUUAAUAAUUCUUCAGGUGGAAAUCGUAGGGAAAGUGAUUCGAAAAAGGAAAUAAGUGAUUUGGAACUUGCUAUUAAUAAAUCUUCAGGUGGACAUCGUAGGGAUAAAGUUAUCGUCGCCAUGUUGCUCGUAUAUUAUUCAAAUAAUGCGGAAAAAAAUAUCGGUUGGAUGCAUACAUUGACAAAUGCUCUUCCUUUGCUUAAAAGUGACUUUGAACCUUAUUUAAAGGAGUUAUUUUACAAACCCUGCUUUGGAUCCAAAGAAGAAAACGUAGAUACAAGAUUUGUGGAUGAAAUUAAAUUGAACAAAGGAUAUAAAACAGAAAUUUGUGCAUUAAAUGUGAGACCACGACUGUUAUUGAAGCCAAAUGAGCCUUCAUGGUGGAAUGAAUUAAAAAAAUCUUUUACGCGUAAAGGUACGAAAAACGAAGCUACACAAGUAACGUUACGUGUGGUUCCAUUGCCCAACUUUACAGUUUAUUCCGAUGGACCAGAAACGACACCUGCCUAUUUAAAGAUACCUGCCAUUUUGAAGAUUUCGUUAAAAUUUAUAUUACUCAUCUUUAAGCCAAGAGGUUAUGCUAUUACUAAUAAAGAGAAAUAUAGCACUUUUCUAAAACUUAUAAGUAAUAAAAAAGGUGGACGGUUAUAUGAAUUAUACGAUAAUCCAGCAAUGGAAGCAUGUAUCGAUUUUAAAUGGGGGGCAACGAGAAAUCAUUUUUGGCGUCAUUUUGCAAUAUUCAUAGCCUUUUCGUUCAUGUUUGCAUUAGUUUCUGGAAUAAUCAAAGACGUUGGUUUUGUAAUAGGAAAUUUAAUGUAUGGAAUAUUUUUUUAUCUUGGAUAUUAUCUUUUAUCGACGAAAGUUGUACAAUUUUAUCACGAGAAAUCGAAAAAUUAUUUUACCAUAUAUAAUAUAAUUGAUAUUACAUCAAUCAUGCUUGCGAUAGCUACGAUGAUUUUCUUUCUUGUUAGGAAUGAUUAUAGCAGUUCAGAAGAAAUUCGAAAAAUCAUUAUUAUGCAAGCAUUCGCGGUCUUACUUUUAUGGCUUGAAUUAUUAUUGUCGAUCGUUGCUUUCGGUCACGCAAUGCAUAUCAUAUUAAAAGAUCCUAAUCGUAUUGAAUUGAUACCUAACGGCGACACCUUUAAUAUAACAUUACCAAAUAAUGAUGAAAUCGUGAAAAUUACACAAGACAUUAAUGUUACACAACCUGUCGAAAAUUAUUAUAGAUCAUUUGUGUAUUCUGUUAUGGGAGCUUAUUUUUGGAUCCUUGGUAGAUGGGAUCAAAUAGAGGAAUGGGAUUUUUGGCCCGUCUACGUGAUCAGUAUAGGAGCAAGUAUUAUAUUGGUCAUUAUCAUGCAGAAUUUGUUGAUUGCAUUUAUGACGGGUGUUUAUGAAGAUGCAAAACAAAAUGGAAAAUUGGCGGUGUUAGGUUAUAGAGCAGAUUUGAUCGCUAAUUAUGAAACAAUGGAAAAACCAAUGGGUAGUCAUAGAGGGAAUCCAAAAUAUAUUUAUUAUGUCGGAAGUUCGGAAUAUCAGGAGGAAUGGUUGGAUAGAGCCAAAACUUAUAGGAAAACUCUUAAAUCUUUAUCAUUUAAAGAUGUUAGUAGUAAAGUAUUAUCACAAGACGAUAUUUCGAAUGAUAAGAAAUUAACGGAAAUGCAAACAGAUAUUAAGUCGUUGCAAGAUGCUGUAAAUACGAUUAAAGAACUGGUAUUAAAAAUAAAAUAG